GAGAUAGAACCCUUGUCUCCUGCUUGACAGACGGAUUCUUUACCACUGAGCCACCAGGGAAGCCCAAAUAAAACAUUCACAAUGCAUUUAUAAGGACAGUUUCAAAGUCCUAUCCCCUCACUCCUUUCCUAGAGGGAACCACCUUCCUGAGGGUGGGCUGUUUCCUUCUGGUGUAUAUUUUUUUACUUUGAGAACAUAUUUUAGUGUCUGUGAAAGCAGCCUAUCUUAUUGCACAAGCCCCUUCUGUGAUGGCUUUCUCCUCUAUUUGUAUGCUGCAGGCUGUUUUUCCAGGAGUUUGAGUCAAGGCAUGAACAGAGAACAGGACUGUAUCUGUAUGAAAAUGGUUCCCUUUUCUGAGUAAUUUACAUUUCCUUUAGGCGGCGGUCAAAAUUUUUAAGGAAAGAUGUUUAAUGUUUAAAAUCAGGUUGAGGAAAGAAGUUGCAGAUUUUUAAAGGGGUUAUUUUUCAAAUGCAGAGUCCAUAGUGACCCAGAAUUAAGCAGAUAGAUAAACUUGUCCUGACAUUUGUUGGAAGAGAUGAUGGUGAUAAUGUUCCUGGCGCCACCCCCUUCCCUGCCUGCACGCCCUCCUUUCUCCUAACGUGGCACCUCUCAGCCCCUGCUACCAGCAUCCUUGGAAGACAUUUCCUCCAUCUCUGCAUCAUUUUUUUUUCCCCCCAGCCGGCCUGUUUCUAUGGCAACUGUUAGAUUGAAAGAUGAGCGGGAGCUGGGCGGCGAGGCUGGAGUGAGACCUCAGGGUGGUGGUGUGUGUCCCUGACGUCACCCUCUGUGCUCCCGGAUAGGACGGCUCUGGCUACUCCCAUUCAGGGCUGCUGGCCGCUGCCGCUUUAUUAGCAGGACUGCCAGGGUCUCUGAUAGCUGUGCUCCUCCUCUUCCCCCUCCAUGAUUUUCCUUUUCACUGCCCCUUUUCCAUCCUGGCUCCAGACUGUCAUUAAGGAUGCACAGCUUAAUUCUGGCAUGUUUGGGGAUGCUCUUCUGCCCGGCAUUCUGGAAGGGCAGGGGGGCAUGGCAGCGUUUCACCUGACGUUGAUGGUGCCGUGAAGUCCAUUCUUUCCUCUGCCAGAAUACUGACUAUGCAGAAAUUUAUCGAAGCGGAUUAUUAUGAACUAGACUGGUAUUAUGAAGAAUGCUCAGACGUUUUAUGUGCUGAACGAGUUGGCCAGAUGACUAAAACAUAUAAUGACAUAGAUGCUGUAACUCGGCUUCUUGAGGAGAAAGAGCGGGAUCUAGAGUUGGCUGCUCGGAUUGGCCAGUCGUUGUUGAAGAAGAACAAGACACUAACCGAGAGGAACGAGCUGCUGGAGGAACAGGUGGAGCAUAUCAGGGAGGAGGUGUCACAGCUCCGGCAUGAACUGUCCAUGAAGGAUGAGUUGCUUCAGUUCUACACCAGCGCCGCGGAGGAGAGUGAGCCGGAAUCUGUGUGCUCCACCCCGUUGAAGAGGAACGAGUCGUCCUCCUCUGUCCAGAAUUACUUCCAUCUGGAUUCUCUGCAAAAGAAGCUGAAGGACCUUGAAGAGGAGAACGUUGUGCUUCGAUCUGAGGCCUGCCAGCUAAAGACGGAGACCAUCACCUACGAAGAAAAAGAGCAGCAGCUGGUCAACGACUGUGUGAAGGAGCUGAGGGACGCCAACGUACAGAUUGCCAGCAUCUCUGAGGAACUGGCCAAGAAGACAGAGGAUGCUGCUCGCCAGCAGGAAGAGAUCACACACCUCCUCUCCCAAAUAGUUGAUUUGCAGAAGAAGGCGAAAGCUUGUGCAGUGGAAAAUGAAGAACUCGUCCAGCACCUGGGGGCUGCCAAGGAUGCUCAGCGGCAGCUCACAGCCGAGCUGCGCGAGCUGGAGGACAAGUACGCGGAGUGCAUGGAGAUGCUCCACGAGGCGCAGGAGGAGCUCAAGAACCUCCGGAACAAGACCAUGCCCAACACCACGUCCCGGCGCUACCACUCGCUGGGCCUGUUUCCCAUGGACUCCCUGGCGGCGGAGAUCGAGGGAACCAUGCGCAAGGAGUUGCAGCUGGAAGAGUCGGAGUCGCCAGACAUCGCUCACCAGAAACGAGUCUUUGAGACCGUGAGAAACAUCAACCAGGUGGUCAAGCAGCGGUCUCUGACCCCGUCCCCCAUGAACAUCCCUGGCUCCAACCAGUCCUCAGCCAUGAACUCCCUCCUGUCCAGCUGCGUCAGCACCCCCCGGUCCAGCUUCUACGGCAGCGACGUCAGUAACGUGGUCCUGGACAACAAGACCAACAGCAUCAUCCUGGAAACAGAGUCAGCCGAGCUGGGAAACGAGGAGCGGAGUAAGAAGCCUGGAACGCCGGGCACCCCGGGCUCCCACGACCUGGAGACGGCGCUGCGGCGGCUGUCCCUCCGCCGGGAGAACUACCUCUCAGAGAGGAGGUUCUUCGAGGAGGAGCAGGAGCGGAAGCUCAGGGAGCUGGCGGAGAAGGGCGAGCUGCUCAGCGGCUCCCUGACGCCCACCGAGAGCAUCAUGUCCCUGGGCACGCACUCGCGCUUCUCUGAGUUCACCGGUUUCUCCGGUAUGUCGUUCAGCAGCCGCUCCUACCUGCCGGAGAAGCUUCAGAUCGUCAAGCCGCUGGAAGGUUCUGCCACCCUUCACCACUGGCAGCAGUUGGCCCAGCCUCACCUCGGGGGCAUUCUGGACCCCCGGCCUGGUGUGGUCACCAAGGGCUUCAGGACACUGGAUGUUGACCUGGACGAAGUGUACUGCCUUAACGACUUUGAAGAAGACGACACAGGUGACCACAUUUCCCUCCCAGGCCUAGCUACCUCCACGCCAGUUCAGCACCCAGAGACCUCAGGUGAGAGGUCCCGAGCACGUGUGACUGUCUCAGGCAGCAGAAGUUACCCAAGCCGGCCUCAGGCUUUCCCAGAGGAGAUGCAGGAGCCGCCAGCGGCCGAGGAGGAGGAGGAGGAGGGGUCUGCCCACCACCCUGGGAAGUGCAUGUCACAGACCAACUCCACCUUCACCUUCACCACCUGUCGCAUCCUGCAUCCUUCAGACGAGCUCACGCGGGUCACACCAAGCCUUAACUCGGCCCCGACUCCGGCUUGUGGCAGCACCAGCCACUUGAAAUCCACACCAGUGGCCACUCCAUGCACUCCCCGGAGACUGAGCCUGGCCGAAUCCUUCACUAACGUCCGUGAGUCCACGACUACCAUGAGCACGUCCCUGGGGCUGGUGUGGCUGCUGAAGGAGCGGGGCAUUUCCGCGGCUGUGUAUGACCCCCAGAGCUGGGACAGGGCCGGUCGGGGCACCCUCCUGCACUCCUAUACCCCCAGGAUGGCAGUGAUCCCCUCCACACCACCCAACUCGCCUAUGCAGACGCCCACAUCUUCUCCACCUUCCUUCGAGUUCAAGUGCACAAGCCCUCCCUACGACAACUUCCUGGCUUCCAAGCCAGCCAGCUCCAUCCUGAGGGAGGUGAGGGAGAAGAAGGCAGUCCGGAGCAGUGAAAGCCAGACUGACGUGUCUGUCUCCAACCUCAACCUCGUGGACAAAGUCAGGAGGUUUGGCGUGGCCAAAGUGGUGACCUCAGGGCGAGCCCACGUCCCCACCUUGACUGAGGACCAGGGACCUCUCCUCUGUGGGCCCCCAGGCCCUGCGCAGGCCCUUGUCCCCAGAGGCCUGGUACCCGAAGGCCUGCCCCUCGGAUGCCCCACUGUCACCAGUGCCAUCGGUGGGCUCCAGCUCAACAGUGGCAUCCGACGGAACCGCAGCUUCCCCACCAUGGUGGGGUCCAGCAUGCAGAUGAAAGCCCCUGUGACACUCACCUCGGGCAUCUUGAUGGGUGCUAAGCUCCCCAAACAAACUAGCUUACGGUGAGGCUGGGAAGAGGCCCUUCCCCUAGAGGAGACCAGGCUGGCUCCCGCCUCCCUCUCCUCCCCCUGCCCUGCGCACACUCCCUCUGCCCUCCUCUCUCCAUCCCCUCCUGAGCUAGACAAAUCAACCUCGUGCCUAAUGGGGGCAGAGUGGAGACUCUGUAAAAUGUGUACAUAGGACUUGGAGACCUGUAUCUGCCCUGCCCUUCCUUCAGAUCCUGCAGGAAGCGCCCCAGCAGUGACAUCACUCUCUUGAGGACCUAGCCUAUGCUGGCGGCCAAGGGCAGGAGCAGCCGGGUGUCUUUCCUUCUUUCCUUUGAGAAGCACUGAAACCCCCAAGUGUGUUCUUAUCCCAUGGAUAGGAAACCAGUGAAUUUGUGGCUGCCUGCCAGAGCCACACAUCCUGAGCUGUCAGGUGGCACAGUGGUUCUGCCGCGCCGGUGUCACUGGGCACCUCGCCUCUCCCGCCCUGUAAGAGCGUAAGGGGCCUCCGUCCGCAGCCAUGUGCAGUCGCCAUAGCUUUCACGAUGGAAGAGUUAGUUGUUCUUUCCUUCUGGGGCCCCAGCUUCUUUAAGACCUUCACUGCUCGGCCCCAACGGACGGUCGCUUCUUUUUUUUGACCUGUGACUUUUUCUUCUCAUGCCUUCAAUGCGAAGUCAUCCUUCCAUGUUUUGUAAUCCACUGUCAGGCCAGAUGUCUGACCUGAAAGAGAAUGUAUUUACACUCCUGUUGCACCGUUUGGCAGCCCCUGUCUGUUCUGUGUGAUUUACUUUUUCCAUUUUUUUUUUUUUAAUAUAUGCAGGGAAGUAAUGGUACUAGAUGGGAAGUCGCAGUAAAAUGUUCUCUCUAUGGUUCUGUGACACCAAAAUACAAGUUUCGGACACACCAAGCAGCUAGUGAGAUAGCAGCUUAUUUCUGGGACCCCAGUGUCACAACAAUUGAUUAAGACCAGACCCAACGUGACUUUAACAAUAGGACCUUAAGGAAAAGGGGUCGGGAGAAAGGUGGUGAAUGAAACUUGUCAACAGUGAAAGAGUAGAAACACGGCCAAAGGUAACACCAAACCAGUUCACAGAGAAACAAGCCUUUGGUGGUCCACUGGUUCUGGUCUUUGCUCUAGACCUGACACCCUUGAGCAUAUUCUCACAUCUGUGGUCUUCUGCUGCAGCCAUUCGAUAUCCACACGUUUUGCCCUCUUGUUUCACAAAAGAGUGGUCCCAGAAAAGCCCUUCGUGUCCUUGUGCCACUUUUUAUCCUUAGGAAAAGGUAGAGGUGUUGUGAGAAGAACCAUGAACAAACAGGGAGCCUGGUCCCAUCCCUGUCAUCCACCAAGUUUCAAACUUUUAUUUAUUAUUUGUGUGUGCUAUAUUUUAAACAUUCUCUGUCCUAUCCAGCUUGGUCACAGUGUGUCUGUGGCUUUCCAGUCCAAGCAGAUCAUUUAUUUAUUCUGAGCUGGGGACUGUACAUCAUGGUGCUCUGUGGCCAUUUGUUCCAGAUGUUUAUGGAAGGAUAAUAUCAUAUGCAAGUAAAAUCAUCAUUUUGCAUCCCCCAUUCCCUUUUUGUUCCACCCCCUUGGCAAAAGAUGUAUCCUUCAAUUGAGUGAGUGUGAACUUUUGUCCACAGAAGAUACUUUGAGAAAGUUCCCAGGAGCAAGCUUCAGUCCCAUGAUUUCAGACUAUUUAUUCUCUGAACACGAGGGUGUUGGUUAAUUAUGUUUUCAACUCUCCUCUCUGUGGUAUGUGUGCACUCACUGCACGGAACUUAUAUCUUUUUAUUUGAAUGUAUUUUAAAGCAGUAGGUAGAAUAACAAAGGAAUAUGAAAACCAUAGAUGGAAUGGACCAUUUUAUGUAUUCAGAGAGAGGAGCCACCCAUCACCACAAAGGAAAUACCCGUGUAAAAUUCAGCAAUUCAGAGGUUGCAGUAUUUAGUAUAGUUAAUAAAUGACCAACAUUGUGCAACCACUACCAAAAAGUGUGUUGUAAUGCAUCCAAAAUCAACAAUAAAAUUUUAUUUGCUGAUGAAUACCAAUAAAAUAAGAUCAAAUGAUGGAAACCA